AUCAGGAAGCAGUGCGCCCUGUUUGCGGUUCACCUGUUCAGUUCUUAACCUGACUGGACCCGUUGCCUGCUUCAUUCGGAAAACACGAACCGACCCGAUGGACUGCGGAACCGAACCGCCUCCUGUCUCCAUCCGCUGCAGAAAGUAGCGCCCGGGUCAUGGCUCGGAGUCGACCCGACGUCUCUCCGCUGCUGCCCCGCCGGAACCCCCGGCUGGACUCGUUCCUGAAGCGGAACACGGAGCGGGCCCUGUACGAGCGGAUCCGAACCUACGAACCGUGCGUGGUGGUCUCUGACGUCAUCAACAAGGUCUACAUGUACGCCGUGCUGAGUGACGAGCGCGUGUACCUGACCGAGUUCCCGCCGCGCGCGCUGACCGCCGCCGUGAGCCUUGAGCGCGUGCGCGACAUCGAGCUGGUGAACGACCUCCCAGAUUUCCUCAGUUCAAAGGACAGGGAGCGCUGCCAGCACAUACGGAUCACCUACAGCCCAGAAAGGCCUGCAGAGAAGGAACAUGAUUGGUUACAGAGGGAGAAGAGGGAGGGACUUCCUUCUGUGGCCCCGCCCUCUCGCAGAGCCAGCCACUGUCCAAUCAGAACACACGACUUAAAAGGAUAUCCUGCAGACAGCUGGUGGAAGAAAGAGGAGCAGCCGGUGAUGAAGAGCAGCCGCUCCGCCUCCUGCCCGGACCCGGAGACUCUGGGCCUCUCCAGGAUUCCUCAUCCUCAUCCUCCUUCGCCUCCUUCCUCUCCACCAGAGGAAAGCCUGAAAACGGCCGAGAGCCGCCAGGUGACCCGGAGGAUCGGCUCCGUCCUGACCCGGCUGCUGAGGCGGGACCGAGCGGAAGAGAGGGAAGCGGAGCUGCACCUGUACGUGGUUUCCCAGACCUCCACCCUGUUCCUCCACCUGCAGAGCUGCUGGAACAGCUUCAUCAUCAGGUCGACUCUGCUGCUGGAUCCGGUCUACAGGAGGAGAAGCACGCCGACGUCCGACUCCAUCAGCGCGGAGCGGACGGCUCACCUGUUCGCUCAGCUGAGUGCGGAGCUCCUGCAGGACGGCAUCACCGUGGAGAAACUGUACCUUCUGCUGCAGGAGCUGAGGACGGCGGCUCACCGCAACAUCACGCUGAGGAGGCUCUUCUGGAGGUCUGGUGAGGUGUUGGUCUUCCUGGUUCAGACUCUGGAGGAAUGUCUUCAUGGCUGUCAGAGUUCCAGCAGAGUUUACACCACAGAUCAGCUCCUGCUGAGUACGCUGAUCGUCCAGACGAUCGGCAUCAUGUUCAGAGAGACGGAGGUGGACGUAUCCAGGAGCAACCUGCUGUUCGCCAAAAGAGGGGCUCUGAUCUCCAGACUGCUGCUCGCCUUCAUUUGUGAUCCUGACUGUGAGAAGCAAAGCCGAGGAUCCGCAUCUGACUCCGAGCUUCAGGCUUUACUCUCAGAGUACCUGGAUGCUGCCUGCUCUCUGCUGUUUGAGCUGCUGCUGUUGGGCUAUGAGACCAGCCGAUGUUUCCCCGGGGAGAACUUUGUGUCCGUGUCGUGGAUCCUGAGAGUCCUUCAGCCUCACCCCCACCUGCUGCCCUUCAUCCGCCACCAGGCCCGGCAGCUGGUUCUGGUUCUGUCAGACCAGAACGGGUCGGUUCUGAGCCCGGCGGAGUCCGUCCUGCUGUUCCAGCGCUGUCGUCUUCUGCUGGCCUGUCUGCAGUACAACCACCAGCUGGCUCAGCACCUGCAGCUCAACUUCAGAGAGGAAUUCAGAUUCGCAGUGACUCCGACCGGCGCCGAGGAGAAGCUGCAGCCUCGUUAUUCGAUCUGCAAGCCGACCGUAAGACUCGUUCAGCGCAUCGUGACGCUCAUCCAGCGCAGCUGAACCCACAGGAAGCUAGAAGUUCACCGCAGAAACAAAACGCUCAGACAAAGUGUGCCUUUAGUGUCUUUGUCAGCGGCAGAAACGAUGCUGCUGCUGCAGGUCCAACAACAGCCACCUGAUCCUGGAAACGAUUCAUCCAGGAAACGAUUCAUCCAGGAAACGAUUCAUCCAGGAAACGAUUCAUCCAGGAAACGAUUCAUCCAGGAAACGAUUCAUCCAGGAAACGAUUCAUCCAGGAAACGAUUCAUCCAGGAAAUAAUUCAUCCUGGAAACGAUUCAUCCUGGAAACGAUUCAUCCAGGAAAUAAUUCAUCCAGGAAAUAAUUCAUCCAGGAAACGAUUCAUCCAGGAAACGAUUCAUCCAGGAAAUGAUUCAUCCAGGAAAUGAUUCAUCCAGGAAACGAUUCAUCCUGGAAACGAUUCAUCCUGGAAACGAUUCAUCCAGGAAAUGAUUCAUCCAGGAAACGAUUCAUCCUGGAAAUGAUUCAUCCAGGAAACGAUUCAUCCAGGAAACGAUUCAUCCAGGAAACGAUUCAUCCUGGAAAUGAUUCAUCCAGGAAACGAUUCAUCCAGGAAACGAUUCAUCCAGGAAACGAUUCAUCCUGGAAACGAUUCAUCCAGGAAAUGAUUCAUCCAGGAAAGGAUUCAUCCUGGAAACGAUUCAUCCAGGAAAUGAUUCAUUCUGGAAACGAUUCAUCCAGGAAAUGAUUCAUCCAGGAAAUGAUUCAUCCAUGAAACGAUUCAUCCAGGAAACGAUUCAUCCAUGAAACGAUUCAUCCAGGAAACGAUUCAUCCAGGAAACGAUUCAUCCAGGAAAUGAUUCAUCCAGGAAAUGAUUCCUAAUGGAGUUUUUACUGAAAAAUUGGGACUGAAAAGACU